ACUUUCCUUUUAGGCGCUCCCCAGGGAAUAGUCGGUUUUGUACAGAAUGGAGCAGGGGUAUGAAAAACGACUAUUAGGGUCUCCUUAUAAAUCACCCAUUAAGACAGUUAGCCCUAUGAAGACUCCAACGAAGGAAAAUUACAUGGACCGAUACAUCCCCUUGAGAGCAAAUGCACGUUGGAAAACGUCAACAUCUUUUGAGCAAACAAAUAGUAAUCCGACACGUAAGCUGUUUCAAAGUAGUCGCGGAAAUACUGAUGGACUCAGUAAUGAUGUUGUGUCUCCGAAUCAGAAUGGACAUCAAAGUCACGGUCUCGUAUCUUUUACUGGAGAAAGUAACUGGGGAACGUCUGGUGUCAAUUCGGCCGUGCAGGAGCCUGCACCACAAACAGAAGCGAGAGGCUGUGACCUUCUUUCUGCUCUUGUAGCCAACGAACUCGAGGAAGCUUCAUUAGGUGGGGCUUACAGCCCUGUGAAUUCAAGAUGCAGUUUCGGAAAUUCUGGCGUUCUGGCAGCUAGAGAAAACAACAAUAUGUUUUCCUUUAAGCUUAGAAGAGAGAGUCCAUGUAAAUUGAAGACAUCUCCCUAUACCAUGUCUCCAGUAUCUGAAAAAAGUCAGCAUUUGCUGAAGUUUCCACAAAAACAAGCGCGUAAAAUAUCUCGGGUACCAUAUAAAGUUCUAGAUGCUCCGGAGCUACAAGAUGAUUUCUACCUUAAUCUUGUCGAUUGGUCUUCUCAAAAUGUACUGGCGGUUGGGUUGGGAACGUGUGUUUACUUGUGGAAUGCUUUCACCAGCCAGGUCACUCGACUAUGUGACGUUUCUGGAGAAACCGAUGUCAUUUCAUCGGUUGCGUGGUCCAAAAAGGGUAGUCAUUUAGCGAUUGGAACUUAUCGUGGUCAUGUUCAAAUAUGGGAUGUGACUAAAAGUUCCUGCAUACGCUCACUAAACGGACAUAUCGCCCGUGUCGGUGCUUUGGCGUGGAAUGCUGAUCUUUUGGCAUCUGGCAGCAGAGACCGUUAUAUUCUGUUACGUGAUACACGUGCUUCAGCCAAUUCUGGUGGUGGACCCGCUGGUCAUCUACCUAUCACAAAUCCCUCUAAUACUUCUGUACUAACUGCUGAACUUGCUGAUAGGGAUGAAAUUAUGACUGAUUUCAAUUCCAUUAGUUCACCGAGUCACAUUGAUCAAGUAGAAAGUGAUUCAAACUAUCCACGGGCUUCAACACCUAUGGUAUCGAUCAGUAGCGACCUUCCGGAAGUUGAUCCUCCAAGUACACCAGCUCAAAUGGAUAUAGAUAUGCUUGGGUUUCGAGAUGCGGAUCACGGUUCGUCAUGGUCUGCUGCAAGGACUUCAGCAAAUUCCACUGUCACCCAGACUACUGCUUUACAGUCAAUUGAAAAUGGGACAGAUCGCCUUGUUCCUGGAGCAGUACGUGUGCUGAAGGAUCAUAGACAAGAGGUAUGUGGGUUAAAAUGGUCUCCGGACAGCCAGUAUUUAGCGUCAGGAGGUAAUGACAAUCGUCUACUCGUUUGGAGUCAACAUGCACCGUCUACUGGUGGCCCUGUCUUAACUUACGAAGAGCAUGUGGCUGCUGUCAAAGCAAUUGCAUGGUCGCCUCAUCAGCAUGGAUUACUCGCAAGCGGAGGUGGUACAGCUGAUCGUUGUAUUAGAUUCUGGAAUACAUUAACUGGUCAGGCUUUACGUAGCGUUGAUACUGGAAGUCAGGUAAAUGAUCCAUGCUAACGAUUUAUUAUUUAGUAAUUUUAGUUUUUUUUUUAAAUGGUUAUUUUUGAUAAUAAAUCAGAAAGUAAAUUGGAAAUUAGCUUAUUAAUGCCAAAGAAUAGAUUGUUAUUUCAUUAUUUAGCUCUCAUGUGGUUGUUUGUUUAAUGCAAAUGUUAUGAAUGUUAGAUUUCUGUGUAAAUUUCAGUGCUAUAAUUACAAAAAGACAUUAUACUUGUUAUUUAGUAAGUCGAUUUACGUGGUUUUGGUUUUGAUUAUACAUACAAGUGUUAAAUGGAUUUUUUUUCAUAUUUUUUUAAAAUUUUUUAGGGUUUGUGAAAUAUAGGUGACUGUUUCAACUAGUAUUUAUACACGUAUAAUCUAAAUGUAGACACAUUUGAAGUAUGUCGGUAGUUGGAUUCGUGUUUAUUAUUUUCGUAAGAUUUAAGCAAAUUGUCUGUGCAAACACAUCACUUCAGUUUCAGAAUGUUUAUAUAGAUUGGUACAUUUUAGUUAUUUCUUCCUAGUCGAUCGGCUAGUUUGGACUGUAAUGUGGUGUUUUAGUUAAAGAAAUCGACUGUGUAGAAUUUACUGUUUAUACUACCGUUUGGUCAGAAGUUCGUCGGACGUCGCUCCACUCAGUAUUAUGUGUUGGCAACUGGCUAUUGCCCCUAGCUAUCAAACAAAAACUAGCAGAAAGUUGAAUAUAGAGGCCUACAAAUGAGCUUCACUAAAAUCUACAUUGAAUAAAUAAUGAAAACAAUUUUGCAUGCUCUAUAUCGUAUUAAUUAAAUGUCUUUAGGACUUUCUCAUCGAAAGUCUAGUCUAAAACUUCACUAUUCAUCCUAACAUUUGGAGAAACAUGUUUCGAAAGCUACUAUCUGGGUCGUAUAAACAGCUUAUUUUUGUGGAACUUUCACUUGUAAAGAUCUCAAGUAAAAUGAACAAUUAUCUUUUCUUAAUGCUUUAAAUAAAUUGUAUUACGUGAAUUUAUGUAAAUAAAAAUUGUUACUUAACUGUGUACUCAACAAAAACUAGAUGUCUAUAUUGUUGACUGGUUUACAUUUUGACUAGGUUUGUAAUAUUGCCUGGUCCAUACAUAGUAAUGAAUUGGUCAGUACACAUGGUUACUCACAGAAUCAAAUUCUUGUUUGGAGAUAUCCUAGUCUAACGCAAUUAGUCAAGUUGGUUGGGCAUUCGUAUCGUGUGCUGUACUUAGCAAUCAGUCCAGAUGGCGAGAACAUAGUAACUGGUGCAGGAGAUGAAACACUUCGCUUCUGGAAUAUAUUUACUAAAGCGAAAACCCCAAAGGUGCAACCAUCUUCACUGAACUUAUUCAAUGGAAUUAGAUGAUCUAUCUAAAAAGAAGUCUUUCAAAACUGUUGUGGAUAUUUCUCCAAUGUGUUUUAUUCUACUUAGUAAAUAUAUCUAUCGCCAACAAUGUGCGCACAUUAAUUAUAUGCUAUCUAUGCAUAUUACUCGACUAUAUUAUUCAUCUCUGUAAAUAUAUGAUUACUUAUUGAUAGCAAUUUCAAAAAUGUCAAUAACUAUAUAUUCCGUUAUUGACAACUACAUUCUUGUCGUAUGUAUCAACGCCAUAACUUAUUUUCUACAGGUCUUCUUGAACUUUUGACUUUUACUUCAGUCAAUCCAAUUUUAUGCAAAAUUAUAUGGUUGCUCCUUAUUUCUGUCUUUACUUAUUACAUAUUCAACAAACCAAAAUAGUAAUCAUUACUAAUUUAUAUUUUCCUCACAAGUGCUUGUCUUUGUGAAAUUGUACUUAUAAUAUAUUUCUUAGUUUUUAAUUCCUUUAAAUAACACAUUGUGUGAGCCAUUGUGUAUCUGUUCAUCCUAGUCAUUUGCGACAGCUUUUUCUUUUCUUUUGAUCUAUUUGUAUUUUUCUUUUGGCUGUCUGUGUCGUAUUUAAUUCAACUUUGACACUGUGAUAGUCUUCCUCAUAAUAAUAAUAAUAAUAUAUAUGUACAUAUAUAUCUAAUGUGCAGCGAAAAUAAAACAUCGUCUUAGCU